AAGACUUUGUGAUCACUGCUUCUGCUCGACCUGAUGGACAGCACAAAAACAAGGCAGCGAACUGUAAAAAAUAAACAAACAAAACAACUGAAAAAAGCGUCCAAAGAGGUUCAUGUGCUCGUUUGAAUCAAGUUCAAAGCACUGCGCCUCGGGGCGCGGCCGCUGCUGAAGCAGCAACCUAUCGCCGUUCACGUGGGCGUGGCCAGCGCUACAGCAUCAGCAAAACGGACGGAUCUGAUGCUAGCAGUGCUGCCGGUGAACUGAUGUGCCGAAAAUGACUGCCUUGCAGAAUCUGUGAUCGAUCUGGUGGCCUUUUGCACGACCUGAUGGAUGCGGUGUAGCGGAAACCUGUCAGAAAACGACCGGAAAAUCACAAAAUGACCAACAUACUGCACGCGGCGUCCAAGGUGAGGUGGACUAAGAGCACUGCGGCGAAGCGGGCCGUGUUUCUGGUGGCCGCUGCGUACGGAGCCAAGAGCCUUUACCCGCUCAUCAUCAAGCACAUCGGCCGGAAGGCCGGGAGCCAUGCGGCCGGGAAGGCGGAGGCCAACGGGCUGUCAUCCGUACUCGAUCCCGCGAAUGUUCAGGCUACUCCCGGCGUGAACGCGCAGUUCGUCCGCCAGAUCCUCGCGCUGGUGAAGAUCGUGUUUCCCCGGCUGCUCACCAGGGAGCUCGCGCUGCUCUGCCUGCACUCCGCGGCUCUCGUCUCGCGCACGUUUCUCUCCAUCUACGUGGCCGGGCUGGACGGCCAGAUCGUGAAGAGCAUCGUGGAGAAGCGGCCUCGCAGCUUCGCCGUCAAGCUGAUGAAGUGGCUCCUCGUCGCCAUCCCGGCCACCUUCGUGAACAGCGCGAUCCGCUACCUGGAGGGCAAGCUGGCCCUGGCCUUCCGCACGCGCCUGGUCGAGCACGCGUACAGGACCUACUUCACAGAGCAGACCUACUACAAAGUCAGCAACAUGGAUGGCCGGCUGGCCAACCCGGACCAGUCUCUCACGGAGGACGUCAUGAUGUUCUCCCAGUCCGUGGCGCAUCUGUACUCCAACCUCACCAAACCCAUCCUGGACGUGAUACUCACUUCGUACACUCUCAUCCAGACCGCCAGGUCCCGGGGGGCCAACGCCACCGGCCCCACGCUGCUGGCCGGACUCGUAGUCUUUGUCACUGCCAAAGUGCUGCGAGCUUGCUCCCCUAAAUUUGGCAAACUCGUGGCCGAGGAGGCGCACAGGAAGGGCUACCUGCGUUACGCGCACUCGAGAAUAAUCACCAAUGCGGAGGAGAUCGCUUUCUACAGAGGCCAUCAGGUGGAGAUGAGGCAGCUGCAGAAGUGCUACAAGGCCUUGGCUGAGCAGAUGAACCUCAUCCUGUCCAAGCGCCUGUGGUACAUCAUGAUUGAGCAGUUCCUCAUGAAGUAUGUGUGGAGUGGAUGUGGCCUUGUGAUGGUUGCUGUGCCCAUCAUCACUGCUACUGGCUUUGCUGACAGUGAACUUGCUGAUGGGCAAACUCAGGUGUUAGUGAGUGAGAGGACAGAAGCCUUCACGACUGCGCGCAACCUUCUGGCCUCUGGAGCUGACGCCAUUGAGAGAAUCAUGUCGUCCUACAAAGAGGUCACAGAACUAGCCGGAUACACAGCUCGCGUCCACAACAUGUUCCUGGUGUUUGAUGAGGUGCAGAGGGGUGUGUACAAGCGUGCCACCGUUUCCACGACAGCAGUGGCUGGGGAGAAGAAGAGUGGGGGACGGCAUGAGCUGCACAUUGAUGGGCCUCUGGAGAUCAAAGGGAAAGUCAUUGAUGUAGAUAAAGGUAUAGUGUGUGAGAACGUGCCCAUCAUCACUCCAAAUGGGGAUGUGGUUGUUUCCAGCCUGAAUUUCAAGGUAGAGGAGGACAUGCACUUACUCAUCACAGGACCUAACGGCUGUGGGAAAAGCUCUCUGUUCCGCAUCCUCAGCGGCCUGUGGCCUGUUUACGGCGGCCUCCUGCACAAACCUGCUCCAGAGCACAUGUUCUACAUCCCACAGAGGCCUUACAUGUCUGUGGGGACGUUGCGGGACCAGGUCAUCUACCCUGACUCUUUGGAGGACAUGCAUCACAAAGGCUUCAGAGAUAAAGACCUGGAAGGCAUCCUGGACAUUGUCAACCUGAACCACAUUGUGGCUCGUGAAGGGGGCUGGGAGGCAGAGGUGGACUGGAAAGACGUGCUGUCUGGAGGAGAGAAGCAGCGGAUGGGAAUGGCUCGUAUGUUCUACCACAGGCCCAAGUACGCUCUGCUGGAUGAGUGCACAAGCGCUGUCAGUAUUGACGUGGAGGGUAAAAUAUUCCAGGCUGCAAAGGAUGCUGGGAUCUCCCUGCUGUCUAUUACCCAUAGGCCCUCUCUGUGGAAGUACCACACCCACCUGCUGCAGUUUGACGGCGAGGGGGGUUGGCGGUUUGAGCAGUUGGACACGGCCACUCGUCUCUCUCUGACCGAGGAGAAGCAGCGUCUGGAGUCUCAGCUCGCUGGAAUUCCCAAAAUGCAACUGCGCCUAAACGAGCUGUGCAAAAUCCUGGGGGAGGAUUCUGUGCUGAAAACAGAAGAACCAGACGAGGAGGAGUGAGAGACAGAGCGCCAGCGUUACCCUCAAACCUGACUACGCACAUCCUCCGGUACUAUCGCAGUGUUAAACAGUGAUUUUAAACUUUGUCACUUUCUAAAAAUGUCACUUUAUUGAGAUUUCCUUACAUGAGUCUUACAUGUAUUUUAUCUCAUCCCUUAGAGACAAUUUUGGUUCAGUUUUGUAAUAAUUCUGUAGCAGAUUGAAACAUUUUAGUGACUUUUAUGUUUUUACUGAUGUACAUGAUGUCAUUUAGUGACAAUGACAGCUGGUAGUGUAACUUUUGAAAAUAUGUCUACCUUCUAUGGUAAUCUUUUGUUAGGUGUUUUCAUUGAUUUCGUACUUGACACUACAGAUUGUGGGUCCUUACCUGUGGUAUUUUUACAGAAAUACUUGAACCUUAACCACUGAACACCACCCUUAUAUCUGAUAGUUUAAUCUUAGGUAAUAAUAGAUCAGCUACUUUGCCUCUAAUUGUUGAUAUCAUUGGUGAUCUACGUUUGGCACUGAGAAGUUCUAUUACUGGUCAUCUGUUUUUAUGUUAAUUUGUAUGCCAGCAGACUUUUUCUGGGUUCUACUUUUCCUAAAGCAUCAUACAGGUAAGAUUAUACUUAAUCUACCAGUCUAAUCCAAUCUAUGUAUUGUGAUGCUUUUUGGAAACCGUACCCAUCUACAGUUCAGCUCUACUGCUCUAGUGUAAUCUUCUCCCUGCCUCAUCCCUGGCACUAAUGCUCAGAACAAAAUGAAUAUGAUCUAUACAUACGGAUGCUGUGAAAUAUAGGCCCAAUCCCAUUUUUUUGUUUUUACCUCUACCCUUUGUUUUCGAGUGUCACCUUGCCCCUUGCAACUGAGUUACAAGGGGUAGUGGUUGAAAUCCUCCCCUACGAAA